AGCGCGGCUCUUCCCGACCUCGCGAUCCUGUCCCCUGCCCGGGCCCCCAGCCGCCCGCUGGUCCCAUAUAUUACAGCAGCAACAGAAAUAUGGUAGUGGUCGCCACGUUAGGGUCCGCGGGGGCCUCCUGAGGCAGCCUGGUGCCAACCCGCAGGCCCAGGCUGGGGCUCAUCCUGGCCCCGCCCACCUCGGGGUCGGAACUACGGUGGGCCUGGGGUGGGGGCGUCAAGCACUUUCGCGCCGUAUCCCUCCGCCCCCCUUCCCGACACCCUCGCGGCGAGCGGUUCUUGCCGCAUCCUGCGCAGCCCCUGCCUACUUUGGUGCAGAGGCGUGGGGGGCGGGACGCGUCUUUGCCAUUCGGAUCGCGGGGAAAGCAGUGGCUCCAAGUGAGCCAGAGGAGAGCUGAGGAGAGGAGGGGGAGGCCGACGACCUGGGCCCUGGGCCUCUGAAGGCUCCAGGUUGAUGUCAAAGUCUUCUGUCUGUGCGGUAGGUCUGGCGUAUUCUGACAGGACACAGUGAGCGUCUGUAGAGGAGAGGCUUGAAAUAAAGGAGCACGAAUAUUGCCUGGAUUUCUGGAGGCCUACUUUAAGGCUGGCCAAUUCUGCAAGAAAGGCAAGGAGGAGGAGACUGGCUCACAGCUCUGAAGGACCCCCUUCUGUCAGCUGUGGGGCUUGACACCACUUGAACAAGAGAAGGAGGGGGAAACUGCACCACAUCAGUGAAGAUCCACCUCCAGUGGCUGCUCUGCUGGUGGUGGAGUUGCUGCUGACAACCACCCUCAACGGGUCUGCACCCAUCCAGGAAAUAUCUGUCUUCCUUUAGCUUGGUUGUACCUGUUCUCGCUCUAUCUGUAUUAUUGAAUUAUUGACUGAGACUGUGUUUGGGAAGGAGGCUGAGUGACUACUGGACUGGAUAUUGACUCUAACUCUUAUUCCCAAGCUUAUAUCCUUAAUCACCUAAAGAUCAGAGUGUGAAGAAAAACCUGUGACAGAUCUGUGGUUGAGGUUUAGACUACGGGAGGAGUAUAUUACCUGACUUUCUUUGUAACUUGUACCAUGACUGGGGCAGAGAUUGAGCCUAGUGCCCAGGCCAAGCCUGAAAAGAAGGCUGGGGAAGAGGUUAUCGCUGGGCCUGAGAGAGAGAAUGAUGUCCCUCUGGUGGUCAGACCCAAGGUAAGGACCCAGGCAACUACUGGGGCAAGGCCCAAAACUGAGACCAAGUCUGUGCCUGCGGCAAGGCCCAAAACUGAGGCACAAGCAAUGUCUGGGGCAAGGCCCAAAACUGAGGUCCAAGUAAUGGGUGGUGCAAGACCCAAAACAGAGGCUCAAGGAAUCGCAGGGGCCAGGCCCAAAACCGAUGCCAGGGCAGUAGGUGGCGCUCGUUCUAAAACUGAUGCCAAGGCAAUCCCUGGAGCAAGGCCCAAGGAUGAAGCCCAGGCAUGGGCCCAGAGUGAAUUUGGGACUGAAACAGUGUCACAGGCAGAAGGAGUGUCCCAGACUAAUGCCGUUGCCUGGCCACUGGCCACUGCUGAGUCUGGAUCAGUUACUAAAUCUAAGGGCCUGUCUACGGAUAGAGAACUAGUCAAUGUGGAUGCUGAAACCUUUCCUGGCACCCAGGGUCAGAAAGGAAUCCAGCCCUGGUUUGGACCAGGGGAGGAGACUAAUAUGGGGUCUUGGUGCUAUUCCAGGCCCAGGGCCAGAGAGGAGGCCUCUAAUGAGUCUGGGUUCUGGUCAGCAGAUGAGACCUCUACAGCGUCUUCUUUCUGGGCUGGAGAAGAGACAAGUGUCAGAUCAUGGCCCAGGGAAGAGUCCAAUACCAGGUCCAGGCACAGGGCUAAACAUCAGACUAAUCCCAGGUCCAGGCCCAGAUCCAAGCAAGAAGCCUAUGUUGAUUCCUGGUCUGGAUCUGAGGAUGAGGCCGGCAACCCAUUCUCCUUCUGGGGUGGAGAAAAUACCAAUAACUUGUUCAGGCCCAGAGUCAGGGAGGAGGCAAAUAUCAGGUCCAAGCUCAGGACAAAUAGAGAAGAUUGUUUUGAAUCUGAGUCUGAAGAUGAGUUCUAUAAGCAGUCCUGGGUUUUGCCUGGAGAAGAGGCCAAUAGUAGAUUCAGGCACAGAGACAAAGAAGAUCCUAAUACCGCCUUGAAACUCAGGGUCCAGAAAGAUGUUGACAGUGAUAGGGUCAAACAAGAACCCAGGUUUGAGGAGGAAGUCAUUAUUGGGUCCUGGUUCUGGGCAGAAAAAGAGGCCAGUUUGGAGGGUGGAGCUUCAGCAAUCUGUGACUCUGAGCCAGGAACUGAGGAGGGGGCCAUUGGCGGAUCCGCGUACUGGGCUGAGGAAAAGUCCAGUUUGGGGGCUGUGGCCAGAGAAGAGGCCAAGCCGGAGUCUGAAGAAGAGGCCAUAUUUGGGUCCUGGUUCUGGGACAGAGAUGAGGCCUGCUUUGACCUAAAUCCCUGUCCUGUGUACAAGGUCAGUGAUAGGUUCAGAGAUGCAGCUGAGGAGCUUAAUGCAUCCUCCAGGCCCCAAACCUGGGACGAGGUCACUGUUGAAUUCAAACCUGGUCUUUUUCAUGGGGUUGGCUUCCGAUCCACAAGCCCCUUUAGAAUUCCCGAAGAGGCUUCUGAAAUGCUUGAGGCAAAGCCCAAGGACCUGGAACUUAGCCCAGAAGGAGAAGAGCAGGAAUCUUUGCUUCAGCCUGAUCAGCCUAGUCCUGAGUUCACAUUUCAGUAUGAUCCUUCCUACCGGUCAGUCCGGGAAAUUCGAGAGCAUCUUAGGGCCAGGGAGAGUGCAGAGUCUGAGAGUUGGUCCUGCAGCUGCAUACAAUGUGAGCUGAAAAUUGGUUCUGAAGAGUUUGAAGAACUCCUUUUAUUAAUGGACAAAAUUCGGGAUCCUUUUAUUCAUGAAAUAUCUAAAAUUGCAAUGGGUAUGAGAAGUGCUUCUCAAUUUACCCGAGAUUUCAUUCGAGAUUCAGGUGUUGUCUCACUUAUUGAAACCUUGCUUAAUUAUCCAUCCUCUAGAGUUAGGACAAGUUUUUUGGAAAAUAUGAUUCACAUGGCUCCACCUUAUCCAAAUCUAAACAUGAUUGAGACAUUCAUAUGUCAAGUGUGUGAGGAAACUCUUGCACAUAGUGUGGAUUCCCUUGAGCAGCUGACUGGAAUAAGGAUGCUUAGACACCUCACUAUGACUAUUGACUAUCAUACACUGAUUGCCAACUAUAUGUCCGGGUUUCUCUCCUUAUUAACCACAGCCAAUGCGAGAACGAAGUUUCACGUUCUGAAAAUGCUAUUGAAUUUGUCUGAAAAUCCUGCUGUGGCAAAAAAACUAUUCAGUGCCAAAGCUCUUUCAAUAUUUGUGGGUCUCUUUAACAUAGAAGAGACAAAUGAUAAUAUUCAAAUUGUUAUUAAAAUGUUUCAGAAUAUCAGUAACAUUAUAAAAAGUGGAAAGAUGUCCUUAAUUGAUGAUGAUUUCAGUCUUGAGCCGCUUAUUUCUGCAUUUCGUGAAUUUGAGGAGUUAGCUAAGCAACUACAAGCCCAAAUAGACAACCAAAAUGAUCCUGAGGUGGGACAACAAAGUUAAUAUGAUUAACCACCUGCCGCUGAUCAGCCUUAUGUUCCCAAAGAGCCCUGAGUAGUGCUUUGGUGUUCACAGUCUGUUUUUUUGUUGUAACUUAUAUUUUUUAAUGCUGAUGUUAACUUUGUCAAACUCUUGUUUUGAGCUGGAUCAUUUUGUGGAUGCCAAAUGAAUAUCAAAACUGAAAACACAUUUGUUGAUAUUUGUCUUGCUGUCCAGAUUGCGGUAUUUUUCAGUAUUAAGCUUUCAAUGAACUGUGUCACCUAAGUAAGCUACCCUGCUAUUUGUUGUUUAAAUAUAUGGUUCUCUAUUUGAGUCUGUGUUUUCAAUAAAGUUCUAUGUUAAAAUUGG